UGACUUGCUGUGCACCACUCCGAGUCUACUCUGUCCGCUCAUCUCAGACUCUUCCAAAUUUCACUAACUUUUCUUGGAAUACAAGAGUCUCUUUAACUUCCUCAUGUCACAAGCAUCGGCCACCGACGACGCCGAGGAUCGACACACCCACAACGACAAGCAGCUUCUCUCACAAAACGACGUCGUAGGGCUCAUCGAGGAGGAGAAGAUCAAUGUUGAACCUGUGGCAGAGCUGCCAUCAGGGACCCCGAAUGCUGGAUCUUCACGGCCGUCGGGACCUCUUGUACAGCAAAGUACAUCCAACAUUCCACCGGUCGACCAUUUGACUCCCGAGGUGGCAAAGCUUGAGGCACAGAAGGACGAGCCGACUCUAAGUGAAUUAGCAAGUGUCAUAAAGCAGGUAUUGGAUAUUCUCCGGGACUCGACGAUUGCGUCGAAGAGUGGAAAGGACGAACGGUCUCGUUUCUGGGGGGUGUACAAAAGGGUCGCGGAGGAACACGACAGCGAGUUCCUUGAGCGAUACGCUACCGACAUGGACAUUGUCUUGAUCUUCUCUGGUCUUUUCUCCGCUGUCAGCACGUCUUUCAUCGUCGCGAUGGAGCCCAAUCUCAGUCCCGACCCUAGCGACACCACGAAUGCCCUUUUGAAGCAACUCGUGCAGAUCGGACUCGGCAAUCUUGCCGAGGCAGGCUCCACUCCCGUAGACCCAACAUCUGCGUGGUCCCUGACCGCGCCGACCUUAUGGAUCCAAACGAUCGCAUAUGCAAGCUUGUCCACGAGCUUGCUCGCUGCGUUCGGGGCUGUGCUGGGAAAGCAGUGGCUCGGGUACUACAAGUCGAACAGAUAUGGCCGCGGCUCGCAGGAGGAGCGAGGGAAGCGCAGGCAAGAGAAGUUCGAUGGCCUCGUCACAUGGUAUUUCGAUGCCGUCGUGCAAUUGUUUCCGGUCUUACUUCAGAUCUCUCUUCUGCUCUUUGGGAUCGCUCUUGGCGCCAAUUUGUGGUACGAGCAGGCGAGCAUCGCCUGGGUCAUCAUUGGAACGACGGUCUUCGGAUUUCUGUUUUAUUCCCUGACUGUGAUGGCUUGUUUGAUAUCUCCUGCUUGUCCAUUUCAGACACUGGUAUCGACGAUAUUACAGGUGUUGCGCGUCGACAGUAAGAUCAUUUCGCCGAAUUCUGGUAGUCGUUCUCCAUCUGAAUUAACAUUGCAGGGGUUCUACACCUGGCGUUCAGACUAG